AUGGCAAUCGGUCUUCAGCGCUCUGCCCUUUUUGAGGCCCUCGGAACACACGCUCCCCUUUCUACCGCAAUCGUCCAUCAUGGUUCCGAUGUAACAUAUUCAUACGGUUCACUGCUGCGUGAUGUUGCGUGCACUAAAGAACAGCUAGAACAAGUCACCGGGAGAAAUGAAAGCACCAUUGCUGGCGAACGAAUUGCUUUCCUCGUGGAAAAUGGAUAUGACUAUGUUGUUACCCUACUCGCGGUGUUGGCUUCGAAUGCUAUCGCUUUGCCAUUGGCGCCAUCAUUUCCAGCCUCUGAGAUAAGGCAUAUCAUUAAUGACAGUGGGGCUUUUCUCUUAUUGAGUUCGGCCAAGUACGCACAACAAGCAAACGCAGUUUUACAAGAUGGGCUAGAGGCUACCCCUUUAUUUCAUCAUUUGGAUGACCUGAAGCAAUUUGCAGUCGAGGACCAGGAGGUCAAUUUGAUUGGCACCACCGCCACUAAUAAUGGGGGUAUCAUGCUGUACACAUCGGGUACCACAGGGAGACCAAAGGGUGUUUUACUAUCUACCAAUACCUUGGCCGCUCAAGCACAGAGCUUGUUGACUGCUUGGGAAUAUACACCGGAAGACCACCUUUUGCACGUCUUACCCCUUCACCAUAUUCAUGGCAUUGUGAAUGCAAUCUUGACGCCAUUGCUCGCUGGGAGCAGCAUAGAAUUCUUGUAUCCCUUCGAUGCUCACGCGGUCUGGGAACGUUUGGCAUUGCCUUUCCAGACUACACAAGAAAUUAUCCCCGGCAACUCUGGACCCGUUCCUCAUAAUGAGAGAACACCUAUAUCCAUUCUGACAGCUGUGCCUACGGUCUGGGCGCGCUUGCUACAGACCCAUUCAACGCUGGAGCCCGAGACCCUGGCUGCAGCAAAACAGUCAAUAUCUCGGAAGCACUUGCGAUUGAAUAUCUCCGGAUCUGCUGCUUUGCCCAAGCCAACACUCGAUGGCUGGACCGAGCUUUCUGGAGGCAACAUCCUCCUGGAACGUUAUGGUAUGACUGAAGUUGGAAUGGCGCUUUCUUGCGGUCUGGAUGACUCGGAUCGCGUGCCCGGAUCUGUCGGAUGGCCCCUUCCGUUGGUGGAGGUGCGGCUUUGGGAGGUCAACGUUGACACGGGUGUCGGCUCGGUCAUUUCGUUGGGUGAGGAGAUUGACUCUGGUUCAGGAAAAGAGCGCCACGGCGAGAUUCAAUUGCGUGGUCCUACCAUCUUCCGGGAGUAUUGGCGCAAUCCCGCAGCGACGAAGAAAGAAUUUACAGAAGAUGGAUGGUUUAGAACGGGAGACAUUGCCGUAAGACGAACGGUGCCUGGAUGCGGAGCGGGAAAGUCAGGUACAUGGGCGUCUGGCGCUGCUUAUUUUGUCCAAGGUCGCCAAAGUGCAGAUAUCAUCAAAACUGGCGGGGAGAAGGUCUCUGCUCUGGAGAUCGAACGCGAACUACUCAGUCUUCCACAAGUUAACGAAUGUGCAGUCGUUGGUCUGCCAUCAGAGAGCUGGGGGCAAAAGGUUGCAGCCGUUGUUCUCCUUUCGGACGACUGGAGGAAAACUGAGAAGCCAUGGGGCUUGGCCGAUAUGAGACGCGCUUUGAAGGAACAGUUGGUACCAUACAAGAUCCCACAGGACCUGGAGAUCGUUCCAAGCAUCAAACGCAAUGCUAUGGGCAAGGUAAACAAAAAAGAGCUGGUGACUGCGGUAUUUGGGGAUGUGGAGAGAAUUAGACGGAGGAGUGUACAUAUCCGGGAAGAGCGGGAUCGGUUGAAAAGAUCAUGA